GCCUUGGGAUUCCCCCAGAGGAGCUGUCCCAAGUGGCUGGGGAGAGGGAAGUCUGGGCCUCUCGCCUUAGGCUACUGCUCCCAUGACCCGACUCCGGAUAAAUGGAUAAAUAGAUGGAUGGAUGGAUGAAUAUUAGUGUGAACACACGUUUGUUUUUUGACAGUUGUAAUUAAAGCUAUAAAAGAUAGAUUCACAUAGUAAACAUGCUUGUAUAAUCUUCUUAUUUUGUUGACACUAAAAGAUGAUCAACCCUAUUAAAUGAACCCCACAAAAGCAGAAUGUUGAGGCGUGUCUUUGUGGAUGUGCUGGUCUUGAUAAAAAAAUCUGAGAAGACCUGAGUCACCUGAGAAGGAAAACAGGGUUAGGAGCUGGCAGGGCGGGAGGGAAGUGUGCCGUAAGCGGAGCCAGGCUGAAGGGUUCAAGCAGGAAGGGAAUGAUGGAAGGAGAUAGGGAUGAAGGAUCAUGGCUAACAGGGAUGGUGGAGAGGUGGGGGGGGCAGGACCAAAAAUAGCCACCUCACAUGUUUGCUGUGUGCGUAGCGAGCCGUGAAACCAGCAGACGUCCUGCUGAACGUCAGGCUAAUCUAAUGUUUACCUCGGACCCCUCUCUCUCUCUCCUCCCUAAUGCAAUGAAGCUGCUUCGUAUCAGUUUACUCUCAUUCUUCCGGGUCCGCGUUCACGCUGAGGCGUAUUUGUUUUACAUGAAAAGGUCACAACCUGCACGAGCUAACUCUUCUGCAUAAUUCCUUCUGCUGAGUGUUUAAACUGAGUGGAUGGAAGCAGGUCAAACGAGAUCAGACAGCAGUGUGUGGGUCACGACGUCCAGAUGCUUUUUACUAAAACGCGACGCAGCUUCCGAGGACUCGACAGUUUCCAACCGGCGCUGGGCAAGCCGAGGCAGAAACAUCCUGCAUUUGCUGCUAAUUCCUUUCAUUCCACAGGAUGUGUUUCGACGGGCUCGCUGGAUUAUCCAUCUUCUCCUGUCGCUCUUGCUCUUUGUUUCUCACACUUUCUGUAACUUUCUCCCACUCUGUGUUGCUCUAUCCCUGCCUGGCAGUCCCGUGAUCCUCUCCACAGCUGAUCCUCGGAGCAAAGCAUGCUGGGGGGUGGAGCGAGGCUGCAAUGGGAGCCUGCUGUGAUUGGCUCCGUUUGUUUUGUGUGUGCUGAUGUGCAUUUUGCUUUUUUGUUUGUUUGUUUUUUUUAAUCUGACUUGCAGGCAGCCUGUGUGGGGCGAUGGAAUAUAUGGUAAGAUAUUUAAACCAUGCAACCAACCUGUUGGAAACACCGUGUCACACAGUGGUAUAGGAGUUGCUCCUGCAACUGAAAUAUGGAUUUCAAAACACACAAUUUGGUUCAUUCUCAAUAAGCUGUGCAGUGAUACGUGCUGAGAUGCAACAUAUUUGACCUUUUCACCAGGAGGAAUAGUUUCUAAGCAUCACGCAGAACGGAUUUUCAAACGAAGCCUGGUUCUUUUAAAAAUAAACUCUCCUAAUAUUAAUUUGUUCCAACAUACAGUUUAAAAGGCAUCUUUUGUGGUCUGUUAGAAACCGAAAACGACCGUAUUCAGUCUGAACUGGAUUGUACCAAAUCAGUCUCUAGCAGCAGCCAUUCACAACGCCUAAAAGGAUUUUGUUGAUGAAGUCUUUUUAAAGAUCUUGUGGUAAUUUUAGGAUGUGCAGGUUGCGGUUAUUUUGGAGUGACGACAUGAGGUUCAGUAAUGUUAAAAUUUCUUCCGACUGGUGAGAAGAACACACGUUGAAACAAGACUAGUUUAUUUGUAGAUGUGGGAAACUGUGGCUUUGACACUAAAACUUGGAUCUUACUGGACUUUGAGAUCCAUCUUGGCAUAAAAACGGCCUUUUUACAUCCACAAGGGUUUAAUAAUAGUCCACAUCAAGUCCCACGGCCACAGGCCAACAUAAUCUAAUGCUGAAAACACUUAUUUCCUUCAGUUGCAUAUAGUUUUCUCAGCCUAACCUCGGUUAGCAUCCUCAUAUUAGCUUCUAACUUUGGAUUAACACCUUACCUCGUGAGCAGAUGAAUAAUCCCCCCCCCCCCCCCCCCCCCCCGCUGACAGGUCAGAAGUCCCGCCACUACUCUCACAUAUGUAGCUUGAACCAAUUGUAGCUACGAAAAUCAAAUGAAAUUUGAGGAACCCUCGUGGUCUUCUUCAGCAAACGGAGCAAGAAUGGUUGUGAUUGGUGGAUAUGCAGUGUGUGUUUCAGGUCGGGCUGGGCAGUAAAUCGAAAAUUUAUCAUUAUCGGAAUUUCUGACUCUUAUUGAAAUAAUUGUUCCCACGUCAAUACAUUUGAUAAUAAAUAAUGAAAAGAUGUGUGUAGGUGGGCAGCGUUCAUGCCCCUUUAAGAAGCUGCACCACCUUGAGUCAUGUAAAAAUGAGACUCAACACGUGACAGCCCCAUCUAGUGGACAACUUUGUUUCUGCGCAUACCUGUAGUUAUCGUCCACUUGGGUCCAUGUGGCAGAGGUGAGGAAUGAGCACCACCUCACCCCUGCCACGUGGUCCUGAAGGGAUAAACCAUCAAUCCUGCUCAAUGGUCAACUCUCCUUGCGGGGUCACCCAUAAAGACAGUGGGAGGGUUAAAUAUUCCAAUAUUUCCACAGUACCAUUGCGAUGACUCCAAGCCACUGUGUGCCGCGUGCUUCCCUGGUUGUAGGCAUGAUGGGUGGAGGGUUCUGUCACCAGCAUUAGGACUCGUUCAUGGUGAUUUCCGUCACCCUGACGGACUCUUGGCCUGACGUUGCCUGAGCACGUUGUUGAACCACAUGUGGAUGAUGUGGUGUUCGAGCGUCGCUCUGCCGGGACUUGGUGUGGGGGCGUCAUUUGAGGGUUUUCUGCUUUCCACUUGGCUGGGUUUCACUUUGCUUUCUGCAACACUUCCUUCUCAUCAGAUAUGCUUGUAGGAUCUCCGAUUCCUGUACUUCCCCCUUUUAGAGCUGUAAUCAUGUAGCGUCGUGAACAUUUACUUUUAGCAAGUUUUCUCUUAAACAUGUCAACUUCAGUGGAGGCUAAACACAGUGACAUCCUGGUUCAUGACCUCCUCUUCCUCUGACUCUUUAACUCGGUUUCUCAGGUACAGAAAAUGAAGGAAGAAAGAGUUUUGGACAGCCACAAACCCGUCCUCCCCACACACAAACACACAAAUCCACCCUCGCUUCCCUUCCUUCCUUCUUUCACAUCCCCAUCUCUUCCCCCAGAGGGUGUGCAUUAGCAUGCAGCAUCUCGCUGUGCAUGCACAUGCACGGCGCCGAAUAACUCUGGCUGCAGAGAGGAGGUGGGGGGAGGAAACAGGAAGGAGGUAGCAUGGGAGAAAAGAUGAUGCAGCGGCGCACGCGGAGUGUUUGAUAGAGAGAGGGAGGGAGAGCGAGAGGGCAAGGGAGAAAAUGGGAGGCAGACCGGGAGGAGGAGGGGAGGUCCAGACAGCGUGCUCGAUCCUCUAACAGACGGAGGUGGAAGGGAAAGUGGGCACGAGAAACAGAAGAGGAGCACAAUGAAGGAGUGCCACUGUUCACGCUGGCAGCGCUGCCUUUUUAUCUGCUGAGAGAGACCAGAGGAGGAGAGACGAGGAAGCGGCAACCCGGAGGAGAGGAUAGAUGGAAAGGAGCUGCCGGCAGUGACUUUGUGAAUUUCUCAAGCAGAAGAGUGGAUCAGAGGAGAGCACGCUUUGCCUUUUCCUUCUGGGGAGUGGACAAACGGAAAGGCAGGAGGAGAGGACGGAUGACCGGACAGUGUCCAGAACAGUGAACGGGGUUUUAAAAAAGAAGAUGAACCCAGUUGUAGAUGAAUGGCCAUGAAUGAUCGACCGCACGCUUUAUAAACCAAAAAAUGAGCUGCUGCCGUUUUGCAGUUCGUUAAAAAAAGACGAGGCAGAGAGACUCAUUUCUAAAAUCACUUUUUCUGGUUUCUGUAAACGUAGACCACCUUUGUGACUUCUGAUUUUCUAGUUUCUGAGCGUUGACGCCACUCUGCAGGAUGUUAAACAAUCGUCUUUUUUUAGCAGCUGCACAGAAUAUUCAGGUUGUUUUUAUGCAACUUUUCUUAACCUUGGUUGUUUUGGAUAUGUGACUGUAGUGUAGCUGUUUUUUAUGCGGCUAUUAGGGAAACGAUAAUCAGCCUUUGAGAUUACAUCGCUUUUACGUGCCCUGGUUGUUGUCAGGGCGUCCAGCCAGUCUGGGAUGUCAACAUUGAUUUGGUUUUAUGGCCGACGUGAUGCCGGUCAAACUUUGAUCAUCUCCUGAACCGUAUUGAUCUUUUCUAGUUGUUGUUUUUUCUCCUGCUGUCAGACAAACAAACAAGCAAACAAAAAAGUGUUUGCUGCAACAGCUAAUUGCUUGCCAUAGGGUUGUAAAAGAAAAAAAAAACAGUAAUCUCUUUGAAGAUUCCCACCCUUGUCGGGACUUCUCGGCACAUAUCCUGUGCAGGCAUCUCUUUUAAUGUCUGUUGCCAUAGCAACGGGCAGCGGCGGCAGACAGAAGAUGUAAAGUCUUUUUCUUGUCUUUUGACACCGCCUAGUGCUGGUCCAUUAGCUAACUUCCAUAGGUAGGGCUAGAGUAGUCUGUGGUUAAGUUUGGUUCUUACGAUGCUUUUUAGGUUUUUAUAAAACAAAACGUAGAUUUUUUUUACCGUUUUUGUAUAUUUUCAGCUGUGUUCAGGGUUGUUUCAGCUCCGCCCACUUUUAAUGGCAACAGCCGUUCUCAUCAGUCAGGCUGAUGAGCUAUUAUCAGGCGUGACUGGAUAAAUUAGAUUAACACUCUGAUUUCUCUUGUUCACAUCAGUGGGAGCAGCUGCUUGGCCCCAAGGCCUCUGAUUACCACUCAUUAGCUGUCCUGUUGGUGACGGUUCGUUACGCUUACUGUUCAUGUGACGGUGACUCAGGAGGAUUCCUCUUGGUGUCCAGGGUCAUGCCCUUUGUAGUCACCUGACCUACACUGUGUUCUGUGUACUGAAACAAACAAAAACCAGAGGGUUGACUCUGCUCAGAGGGCCUUUCAGCAGCCCUUUGUUCAACAACACCUGGAGUUUCCUCCGUUUAUCCGAUCUGUUGCCUUUUUGAAGUGCUAAUCUUCUCUCUGUGCUCAUCUUUGGUUUCUCUAGCUGUAUGACCGACUGUUUUGUUUUGAAGUAUUCUGCGUCCCUUUGAUGGUCUAAACACUGGGUGUCAGCCAUACUUCUUUACAGCUUUCUGGAGAACAUCCCAGCCUCUCUGGCAGUGCAUUUACUGGAUCCUUCCUGGUGCUUCCUGGCCAAGACCAGAUGGAGGGAUCGCUAGAACUGCUGGACAGUCCCUCUGUGGUGCUAGACUAAUGUAGGCGACUGUUCCUUCUGCCAUGCGUCCAGCGCCUUCUACAGCCUCGAGCGCUGUGGCUCAUUUCUGAAAUGACAACAGGAAGUGUUGGCAUUACUGAGACAUCAGUGCCAUACUCACAACCUUAAUUUGACUUGUCUGGAUAAUAAGUGUGUCAUUUGUUGGUGAUUGUAAAGGUUGGUGUGUUGUACGUUUGAAUAAUGCCUCUACAGCACUAAGGUGUAGGCCAGCCGGCUGGCUGAGGGUUGUAGGUGUGGCCUUGCCUCCUACUGAGGUCACUUUGGAGACUAUUAAUAAAACAGACUGUACUUUAGAUUGGACUAUGCAGAAUAUGAGAUGCUUGUGGGCUUAACUUGCUUGAUAAGCCUUAGAAAAAUAGGGACGCUGUUCUGGAUUAUAGCACGGCGAUUCGUUCAUAUCGGUGUCAAUACUGUUCUCUCAGGUAAACAACUAUAAUCUGUGUCCAUGCUAGUACCGAGUCAGGAGCUGAGUGCAGUCUUAACCCAGCGGGUUCAUUUACAACACCAGUGGGUCUCCAUUCAGGGAACCCUAAGUUGGGGGUCCAAGCCUGACCAAUCAGGGCUUGUUAUCGUCUCAACAGGCCCACCGGUAGUCAUCGUCAUCCUAUGACCUACAUUCUGCCGUGUUACAUCACCACUGUGCUACUGCAGUGUGUCUCGCUGUACCAGACAGACAUCUCAGACUCAACUCUACCACGAUCAAAUGGUGCUCCAGCAACAAAACACACCGUGACCAAGGUGGCCAGUUCUACAGAACACACGAACCAAGGCAGGCCAUUUCAGGAACCUCAGUCAGGAACGGGCUCAGCUCUAAGCCCAGUCUUAAUUACUAACUUUUCACUUUCUUUUGGUUUUAUAUCGGCGUCUAAAGCCAACAUGUCUAGCCUCUAGCCAUCCGCGGUCCUUAACGUAAAGAGGCGCAACGACAGGGCUCAGUAUUUAGCAUACAAGUGUGGGACUGUUAAACAAGGCAGCCUGGAGAACGGGCGAGCAAUCGAGGGAGGGGGAGAGGGGGACCGAGAGAUCGUUUGGAAGAGGAGAGAGGAAGUGGUGGCACGGGAGAGGGCGGAGGCGUUGGAGAAGCAGAGGCUGGCAGAGUACAUCGUGUGGAGGAAGAGAGAGGACUUCCAGGAUAAGAGAGGAGAAAGAGAGAAGGGAGGGAAGAGCUCAGAGAAGGGAAGGGAGUCUUCACCAGAAGUGAUCUGGAAGAGGAGAGAAGAAGGAGACGUUGGGAGGGAGAGAGCAAGGGCCAUUCAGAGAGGACAUGAAAGCAUCUGGACGAAGGGGGAGAGGGAGUAGAAAGGGGAGCCAGAUUUAAGAAUAGUCGUGAAAAGUUGAAGCGACUGCACGACUGCAGAGUUUGAGAGCCUCCUCUCUCUUCUUCCGUGGCUCUGCAGGUGUUCGCUGUAUUAUCGACCAGCCGAGGUUGUGUUUUAUGUGUUGCUGCUGUGUUAGCGUGUGCAGCCCCUUCUGCAAUCCCCUUGUUGGCUGCUAAUAGGAAUUUUACAGGCCUAUGUCAAGCGUGAUAGAGCUGCCAAAGGGGAGCUGCUACACACACGCACACACACUCGGUUUACACUGCCAUGUAGACGCGUCACAAACUGAUGUACACACCUUUUUGUGCAGUAACACACACACACACACACACACACACGCACAAGGAGCAUUCAGAGACAAUCACUUGUGUUGGUUCGUCGUGGUGCUGGCGACAGCUGAAUAGUCGUCCGGCACUCGGAGACGAUUAAGUUGGGACGAGAAAUCGUUUAGCAUCGUGGCUGAAGACCAUCGCUCUACGGAGAGCUGAGAACGUGUUUUCGUCCAUUCAGGGGAACUCGGCGAACAAAAGCAAAAAACACCAAAAGAAACUGAUGACAACAUGAGCUGUUCUGGUGCUCUACAACACUUUUUUCAUCUGCUCCCCACCGCUGCUGAGGAGGCCCCACCUUUCCGCAGCACCUCCUCUCCUCCUGCUCUCAGUGUGGAUAAAGCCAGUUGUGAAGCGGUUUGGUGCGGGCUGCCUGAGCGGCGGACAGAUGGACGCAGCUCCUACACAGACAGACACUUGAGUGUCCUUCCAGAGAAAAACUUUGAGUCGUGAGACAAAAAGACUUGGCUUGAAGCUCUGCAGCCUAAGAGGACCUAUAAAUAAUACAUGAUGGAGCUCAUGCAGAAAACCAAGUACACCCACAUUCGGAGUGAGUCGCUGAGCUCAACAGAUGAGACCAACUCCAUUCCGUCGCCGUUCCCUCCAUCCAGCCCCGCCACCCCUCUGACUCCCUCCCCUGGUUUGCCUUCUUCCUUCUCCUCCUCGUCUCUCACUGCCAUUUUGCCCCCCACCUCCCCGCGCCCAGCUGAGAACAGCCCCACCACCCUCUGCUCCUUCUUCCCCAGUAUGAGAUCCCUUCGUCUCGGGGUCACUGGCACUCUUCUCCCAGUGCCCAGGUUCUCAAACAGGUCUCAGCAGUCCCAGGCACCUGUUGAGUCAUCUGGAGAUGAUAGGAGCAACUCUAGCUCCUCCCCUACUCUUCAUCAACCCAUUCCCACACUAACUGCUCCCUCUCCCCCUCGCCGACCUCCUCUGCAGGACAUGAACCGGCUCGGAGGAGCGUCCAGGAGGGCACGGGUGGAAGGAGGGCAGCUGGGAGGAGACGAGUGGACGCGCCAUGGCUCCUUUGUCAACAAGCCCACCCGUGGCUGGCUGCAUUCUGACAACGUGAUCAGCACCACGGGAGUUUCCUAUACUGUUCGGUACAUGGGUUGUGUGGAGGUGCUACAGUCAAUGAGAGCACUGGACUUCAACACCAGAACUCAGGUCACCAGGGAAGCUAUCUCUGUGGUGUGUGAAGCGGUACCUGGAGCCAAAGGAGCCCGCAGGAGAAAGCCCGCCCCUCGCGGUUUGAUGUCCAUCUUGGGAAAGAGUAACUUGCAGUUUGCGGGCAUGACAAUCAACCUCACCAUCUCGACCAGCAGCCUCAAUCUGCUGGCUUCUGACUGCAAAGAGAUUAUCGCCAAUCAUCACAUGCAGUCCAUCUCCUUUGCUUCAGGAGGAGACCCAGAUACAGCUGAGUACGUAGCAUAUGUGGCCAAAGAUCCAGUCAACCACAGAGCUUGUCACAUCCUGGAGUGCUCAGAGGGUUUAGCCCAGGAGGUCAUCAGUACCAUCGGCCAAGCGUUUGAGCUGAGGUUCAAACAGUACCUGAAGACCCCCCCCAAACUGGUCACGCCUCACGACCGGAUGGCUCCAUUCGACGGCUCGGCGUGGGAGGAAGAUGAUGAUGAAUUCAUUCUCCCUUCUGUGCCGGAGGUCCCCUAUUAUAAUAAUUUCCCUGGAAAAACGCCUCCCCCUGGCGGCCUGGUUGACAUGAGGACCCGCCCCGGAGCCACGCUGCCCUACGGACAGCCAGGUCAGAGUGACAUUCACAAGCAGCCCCUGCCUCCUCUACCAGGCGGCGCUAAAGACGGGGCUCGAGAGCUGUUUGACGAUCCCUCAUACGUCAACGUGGAUAAGUCCCGCCCUCCAGUUGCGUCAAAUGGAAAUGCUCACAGAGAUGCUUUAGACAUGACACCACUUGAUGAUGCCCUUGGAGUUCCUGGUCACGGUGGCCCAAACUCACUGGUUGCCAUGGCGAAACAGUUGCACAACGAAGUCUGGUUCCACGGCAGCUUGAAUCGCAAAGAAGCAGAGAGGCUGCUGACCCGAGACGGAGACUUCCUGGUGCGAGAGUCCGGGACCACGCCCGGACAGUACGUCCUUACGGGGCAGCAGGGGGGUCAAGCCAAACACCUGCUGCUAGUGGACCCAGAGGGAGUGGUGCGCACAAAGGACCACCGGUUCGUAAGCGUCAGUCACCUGAUCAGCUACCACAUGGACAACAGGCUUCCCAUCGUGUCCGCCGGGAGCGAAGUGUUUCUGCAACAGCCAGUGGAGCGCAAGGCCUAAGGGCGCGCACGCACACACACACACACACACACACACACACACCAUGGAAAUAAAUUCACCAAAAAUCAACAGUCACACGCUUUAGCCCACACAGCAACACUACACUCAUCAUUAAAAACGAUCACACACAAGCCAGAAACAUUCACCAGUUUCUUUGCAAAAAUCACUUUUUCUUGCUGCUGUUGCCACUUUUCUGCCAAACUGUGAGCUGUAAGCGUUCAGGAACCGUCAGGCGCCGGCGUCCGCCGCCGAGAAGCACCGCUGCAACUUCCUCUACCUGCUGUGAACCAGGGAGGAACGCUUCAUGAACAUCACAGCAGGUUCUAAAAACACGCAAAGAUUACGAAUCAGAGCUGCUACCAUGUGUGGAACCUGGACGGGACACGAGUGGAUGUAGAGCGAGACUUCUUAGAUCACGGCUCUGUGUUUGGGAGGGAAAGUCUCCCCCACCUCAGAGCAUCGCCGGAGCGUUUCAGGCGAAUGGAAAGGUGGCGGUGGUUUGGUGUCGGGCGGCACCGAGCUUAAAGCUCCACCUCUUCCAGUCCUGCUGGAGAACUCGAGGAGGAAUUCUGAAUUAUGCACACACAAGUUCGCUUCCUGUCUCAUCAGGAGAGCCUCACCGCCUCCGGUGAACACCCGAUCAAGGACUUGAACUUUGACCCCUGGAGAAAAGCCUGUAUGCAAAUCUGGGACUGCUAUACUAAAGACCUUGUGAUCAUUCUUUUGUUUCUGUUCAGUCUCGUCACUCACUUACACAUCUGGAUUAGAACAGCUGUAUGUCCCUUCGCACACCAAAUCCACUCGACACCGCCCGCAACGCCAAAGAUCGGGAACUCGGUUGCUAGCGGCAGAAGGAAGCCGUGGGUGAUUAACUCAUUAGUCAUAAUGGGCCUGGGCCUGAAUCUGGCAUCAAAAGGAGAUUUCUCUCUUUUUUUUUUAGUACACUGAUGUCAGUCACACACACACACACACACACACACACACACACACACACACACACACACACACACGUUUAACAAAAAAAACUUUUCAGAAGGCGGUUUGUGUUCAGUAAUACUUAGGUGUGUGUUUGCAUCGACAAUCUUUGGGUUUUAUCUUUAGAGGAAAAGAAAACCUCGUCGAAAUGUUUCAAGUGUUCUAAGCAAAUAAUUUCCAUCUGCAGGACGAAAGCAGCAUGCGUCGUGGACAGAUUGUCUCUUUUCUGUGUUUUGUGAGGGAUUUAAAAAAAGAGAGUUGUGGCUCUAGAUGACUGCAUGUUCGGCCAGAUGUCGCUCCUCGCUGGAGGAAGUCGAGGCCGUCUUCUCCUUCCUCGGUUCACGAUGUUUUAAAUCUUUUACGGUGCCUUGGUUCCUCAAUGCAGUCAUGUCUUUUUAAAUUCAGCCACCUUAUGAACUCGAUUCAAAUGUAGAAAUCUGCAGGAGAAUCUGCAAAAACGGCGCUCCGACAACGACGAGCGGCGCCGGUGAUGGCAAUCUCCUCUGAUGCACAUUCCUGCAUUCAGCUCCUAGUCACAGAUACUUGAUGUCACCUUUAGGGUGGGGUGGGGGGUGUUCUUGAUCACCUGUAAAUAACAUUGAUUUUUGAUCCGGUGUUGGAUUGUUGUUUUCGUUGUGUAUUUAAGGACUUGUUUGCCGAGUUACAGAAUCAGACAGUACGUCAUUGAGGUGGUCGAUUUCCAAACCAAAUCUAAAAGACUGAAACCAAAAUCUGGAGUUGAGAAAAGGGAGUCUAAACAUUAAAGGGGUGGUUCGGAUUUUAGGAAGAGGGAUUCUGUAAAAAGGUAAUUAUCUUGUGUUAAAUGACCUCUGUUUGGAGGAAAGGAGCUUAAUUUGGACAGGAUUGAUGAGCUAAAGGCUAGUCUGAACAGGGCCAAGAUCAAAAUGGAUCACGGUCUUAAUCACGGUUUACGUUAACCUUUCUAGCUGCCUGCAGCGGCUGAUAUUUUCUAAUGAGUAAUCAGAAUUAACUAUCAUGAAGUUAAUGGUGAAAGUUUACUAAAUAGUUUUAGUUUAACUCAGGGGUGCCCAGUCCUGGUCCUGGAGGGCCGGUAUCCAGCAGGUUUUAGUUUUAACCCUUUUUCAGCACACCUGAAUUCAAUCAGCAGGUCAUUAACAGGCUCCUGUAGAGCCUGAUGAACUGUUGCACAGGUUAUUCAACCACUGAAUCAAGUGUGUUGGAACAGAGAAACCACAAAAGCUGCUGGAUACCAGCCCUCCAGGACCAGGACUGGGCACCCCUGGUUUAACUGGAGAUUUUCUUACGGGUUGUUUUAAAAUUAGCAGUUAAUUUUGGUCUUGGUCAGACUAGCUGUUAGCAUGUCAGUCUGGUGAAAAUAAACUCAACCUCUGAACUUAGGCUGUUCGCAUGUGUUAUCAACAUCAGGAAUUAUUAAAGAGCAAGUCACCCCCUAUCAGAGUAUUACUCCACUCCCACUUCGUGUUUGAAAAAUGCAACAAAUGCUGUUGCCUAGCAAACUGAAAGGGCGGAGCCGCUAACAAAUACACACACACACAGGCUCACAAUGACAUUGUGACAUCAUAUGGUACCAGCUAACGUUCUAGGGUACCUCUUAGCCAAUAGCGAUGGCAGAUUUAAAUUCAAAUGCAGUGCAGAGUUUUUACCUGACGACGGCACAACACUGACAGUUUUAGGCAGAACAUUUAAAUUUUAACAAAACGUGUUAAACGUGUCUGCAGCACGAUUAGACACACACUUGUAUAGUUUAUCAGAAAAAAAGUUGAUUGGGGGGGGGGGGGGGGGGCUUGCUCUUUAACCGUUCAUAAGUAACCCACUUCAAAGUAUCUUAACUAUCUUUAAAUGUCGUCAAUAGUCAAAUCCUGGAGUCAGUGUCUCAGACACACACACACACACACACACAUGCCAAAGCAACAGCUGUUCAGAUGGAUCAUAAAUAGGAAAAGCUGUGUGUACGUGUGUGUGUGCAUGCUCGCGGGAGCUUCUGACCCUGUGUGCCAUCAGAACCGGUUAUCGUUCAUCACAGUUGCCUUUUGUUGCAUGAAAAAUGUUUUUUUUUAAGACUUAGUAGUUUGUUGUUGCCAAUGACGGUCAUCAUGUUGAUGCUGUUUUUACUUAGAAGCUUUCCAAAGCCAACGGUUACGUUUGAGUCUCGUGCACAAAUCAUUCUGCUUUCUAUUUACUGUUUUGUUUCUGGUUUGGUUCUAGGGAAAUGUGUCUGUUUACACCUGUACCUGAAAAUAUAGAUUGCAUUUAUAAAUAUAUCAUCCAUCUCCCUUUA